AUGCAAUUUCACCAAAAAUUCAUCACUCUACUCAUCUUCACACCUUAUCUUAUUUUCUAUAUAAUCCCCCACCCACAAAGACAUUACACACCAAUCAAACAAACUAAGAAAAAGUAUUCAAAAGUGGCAAGAAGCAUGAAGUUAGCAUGUAUUGUUUUGGUGAUGUGCAUGUUAGUUGCCCCUAUGGCAGAAGCUGCAUUCUCAUGUACAACUGUAAUGACUGAUCUUGGUCAAUGCCUUACUUAUCUUGAAGCUGCUAAUAGUGCUAGUCCUUCAGAACCAUGCUGUGCAGGACUGAAGAAGCUUCUUGCUGCCGCCCCCACCGUCGCUGAUCGUCAUGCUGCCUGUAACUGCUUGAAAUCAACCGCUGGUGCUAUUUCUAAUUUGAAUGCUAACAAUGCUGCUGUUCUCCCUGGCAAAUGUGGUGUCAACCUUCCAUACAAGUUCAGUACCUCCACCAACUGUAACACCAUUAACUUUUGA